UAUUUGUCCUCUUUUUUUCUUUCUAUACUCAGAUAAUCAAUUACUGUAAAAACUAUUUGGCUCAGUUUAGGCUAUAUUAGCAACAUGUACUACGCAUGCGUCAAUCGCCAUUUUACAGCACAAGUUUCCAUAAGGUUGCGACGAAAGGAUUUGAAGUUAGCAAGACGACAAGAAUGUUGCGGCAUUUGUUGUAUUUCUCUCAAUUUUAUGCGAACGUGUCCGUAAGUUGUUAAUUUCUGUUUGGGCAACGUUUGUCUCAGCGUCACUCCGAAGCUUCUCGGGCUAGCUUAGCUUGUUAGCUUAGCUCGCUAGCUGCUAAGAAAGAGACAAAAGCGGAAGUGAUCGACACGUCGCUAAAGUGUUGUGAUUGUGUGAAAAUGUGCAAAGUAGAAAUGCUGAGAGUGUUGGUGAAGCAGCGACUAACUGCUGCCGUGGAAGAAAUAUUUGUAGUGUUAGAAAGAACGAUAGCAGAAUACGAGGAGGAACUUUCUAGAACAAAAGAGGAGAACGAGCGACAACGUCAACUACUGGACGCUCUUUUCAACAAACAUCAAGAUGAACAACACGCAGCAGAAAUGGCGACGACAACAGAUUUUCAAGUCCAGCCCUUCGCGGACCAUCCAGAGUCUGAGGAACAAGGAACUUCUAAACCAGGCCUGGAAAUCAAGCAUCUCAAAGCUGCAGAUGUCCAGCACAUUAAACAUGAAGGAGGGGAGCAUCUUGAAGGACCGGAGGCGUUCCCAGUGGUCGGUGUCCUUGUGAAGAGUGAAGAAGAUGAGGUCGGAGGUGAAAGUGAGGGGAAGAGAGAGGCGGAGCCUCCAAGCAGCAGCUCGACACAACACAUAACAGAAGGUGAUGGUGGAGGAUCACAAGCGGACUUGUCUCCACUGUCAGAUGGUGAGGACACAACGCCACACUCCCAUGAAACUGACGAGGAAGACUCGAAAGCUGGUGCGACUUGUCACGCUGACAACACACGCUGGAAUCAUUUCACCUGCUCUGUGUGCGAAAAAACCUUUUAUGAUAGAAGCAACCUGAAGAGACACAUGAGAAGUCACACUGGGGAAAAACCGUUUAUCUGCUCAGUUUGUGGCAAAACGUUUGCAUACAAGGGGAACCUGACAACACACACAAGGACACACACGGGAGAGAAACCUUUUUCCUGUGCAAUGUGCGACACACAUUUCAGUGACCAUUCGGUGCUGAUCCGGCACAUGAGAAGACACACCGGUGAGAAACCUUAUACCUGCUCCGUGUGCGGCAAAGCCUUCCUGGUGAAGGGGUCUUUGACGGCGCACGCAAGAACGCACAGCGGAGAGAAACCGUUCACGUGCUCAAUUUGCGGCAAAAACUUCUCCCAAAAGUCACACUUGAGAACGCACGCGAGGACGCACGGCGGGGGGGGAACGUACUCCUGCUCAGUCUGCGGUGCAACUUUUGAACUCCAUUCUGCUUUGUUUUGGCACAUGACAACUCACAAUGCACAUUAACAUCUCCAGGGCCGGCCCGUGGCAUAGGCCGUAUAGGCAAAUGCUAAGGGCGCCGUCCAUCAGGGGGCGCCACGCCAGUGCCACAAAUGUUGGAGAAAAAAAAAAAAAAAAAAAAGUUGGUACUAUUAUUUCUAAAUACAAAAAAUAAUCCCACGUUAAUUAAAAUGCAAAGUAAAGCCUAUAUAAUAGAAAUAUUAUUUGUUACAAUAUUACGCGCCCCCUCCCUUCUCGUAUCAUGACUCUUUUUGGACAUCACCACAUCAAAAAAUCAACACAAGAUGUCAAAACGGCCAAAACUGUCAGGUGCCCAGGGAAGAAAAAAGAGAAAAGAAGAGGAGGAGAAACGAGAAAAAGACAGAGGUAGCAGGUAGGUAACGUUAGCCUACAUGAAAUUAUUUGUCUGUUACAGAAUGUGAUAGUAACCUGGCUUUUUAGCAUUAAGCUAAUGUUACAUGAUUCGGCAAUUGCUAAUCA